AGCGCGAAACAAAUCAAAUAGUACGAAUCGUUAUUCGUUUACAUGUGUACACAGUAAAUAAUAUUUAAAUAUUCAUAGUAUUGUGUAAUUAAAAAUAUAAAAAUAAAAGAGUGUAAUAAUGGCUACUUCGACGGAUAUUGCUACGAUAAGGGUACAAAGAUAUUUAAGUAUGCCAUUAGUACAACGAUGUCACGAAUUGGCAAUAUUAAUAGAUGAAUCAAGUACUACAGAACUUCAACAUGUAUUUCCAAUGAUAAUAGAUUCUUUAUUUGGAAUAACAGAUAAUAUUGGUUGGGGCUUGCAUCAUAUUACUUACAAAAAGAAUCCACAAGAAUAUGAAAUACUGUAUAAUUUUCUUAGCCCACUUGGACCAAUAUUUUCUCUUUGUUAUAAAUUACUUCCAGAUUGUUAUUUAAAAUAUAAUUUUCCGAUAUCAUAUUUACCGUCAAAGAUACGUUCAAUGUUAGAAGAAGGUGUAAUACCACCUUUCUAUCUUGAUAAAUUUAGAGAUGACCAAGGUACAAGAGUUCCAUCAGCUUUAUGUAUGAAUCCCUUUGAGUAUUAUAUUUUUCAUUUUGCUUAUCAUUUGACAAAUCCUUGGCUGCAAUUACAACAACAGGAAAAUGUUUGGGCAAAUUGGGAAACGGUUUAUGUUCAAUCAGCUCACUAUUAUUUACAUCAUUUUUUACCAAGAGAUAAUACAACGGUUUUACCAAUAAUUGGGCCCUACAUAAAGAAAACUCCUCAAAGAAAAUUAAUGCAUAUGCCUGAAAAUAAAAGAUUACAAACUCCACGACUGUUGAGAGCAUCAAUAUUAUCACCAGGAUCUACCAAUUUAGUGGUUGGAGCUCCUCAACAACAAUGUUUGCCGCAAGUAUGGAGAAGUGAGACAGUAAUUCAAGUAUUUCUUGAUUUUUGGAUGGAAUACACCGAAGAUGAUCAUAUGCCUUCUCAAAUGAAUAUGUCUUAUUCUAAUCCUAUUCCACAUCGUCAUAGCAUUCAUUCCGGUGAACAUAUACGCUUAGUAAGAGCAUUUAUAAAAACUUUACACGAAUUUGCAAAUAGUUCAACUGGAGAUAAAAGUGCCAUGGAUGAAUUAAAAAGGAUUAUUUUACCAUCUGUCCAAGGAAAAAUAUAUAUAUUUCUUCGAAAAGCUAUACAUCAUUGGCCUUUAGACAGUUCAUUUAGAUUAAUAUUAGAAGCAUGGUUGAGCUUUAUUCAACCAUGGAGAUAUGUUCCAGGAGUAACAUAUACAAAAGAAGGGAGACCGGAGGAAGAAGAGAGAGGCAAAAUACAUGAUCCAAACAGAUGGAUUGCAUUUGUUGCUAAUAAUUUAUUAGCUUAUACAGUAAUAUUUCAACAAUUAUUACCUCGUUUUAUGAGAACUGAUUUGGUAGCACCAAAAAAUGCUUUGAUGUUAUUUAGAGUUACGAAGGUAUUUUCUCAACCACAUUUAGCAGGAAUGUUAUCAGAAGUAGAAAGUUGUAUGGACGAUGCCAAUCUUAACAGAAGUCGCAUGCAAUCUAGUCAAUGGACAUCAAUUGUAGGACAACAAAUCAUGGAACUUGAAGGACCAACUUAUCAAUACAUUCCAAUGUUUUCAGCAAACAUUAUUACACAAAUAAGCUUUUUCUUAAGUAUAAUCAAACAAGCACAUGUAACAGCCACGAGUUUAAUUGAAGCAUUGGAAAAGAGAAAAAGUAGUCAACAACUUUUAACUGCCAUAUGGGAAUUCUUUUAUGGAGAAGACAAUUCAUCCGAUGAUAUUUCUAUAGAAGAACGUCGUAGAGUUCCAUUAUUUUUAGCUAACGCUCAACAACAAUUGAUCGAAAUUUUCGAAAUUUCAAUAGAAGAUAUUCCACAAAUUACUAUUACACCUGAUCAAGAAUAUCAUGAAAGUAUUCUCUCAACUUCUUUUCAUCAACAGUAUCAGAUGGAUUCCUCGUUAGAUUCAAGCAGACCAGGUCUUUUUGUACCAAUACCUGAUGGUAGAACAAAUUUUCGAUAUAUUGAAUAUAUGGGAGAUCCAGAAUUACAACCAGUUCGUUCGAACGAGUGUGCUUUUCUAGUUAGAAAUUUAUAUAAAUUUUGCACUAAUAUUAAUACAAAGUAUCAACACGAGAUAAAUACAUUGUACAAAAAACACAAUUUUCUUGGAAGUAUUUGUCGACAAAUACUUAUACCACCAACCACAGUUAUUAAACUACCAAAAAGAACGGCGAAUGGUUUUACAAGUGGUCAUGAAGAACUUAUACCACCUAGAUUGAGUUUAAGACGAUUAUCCAAUUAUAGUUUCUUGGUUUUUAUGUUUGUUAGUAUGUCUAUAGCACGAUUGACAAAUUAUGGAGUACUAUGGUUAUUGUGCAUAAUAUUUUUUAUAUGGUCCAUCUAUAUAUUGAUACGAGCAAUUUUCGAACCAUGGUUCAAAUCAAGUACAAAUACCUUUAGACCAAAUACAACUGCUUUUUCAAUAAACUAAUAAACGAAUAAUCUAUAUUUGUAAAAAGAAGAAAAGAAACAAAAAAUAAUCAAUUAAUUUAUAUAUGUAUGUGGGAAUGAUUCCAUAGAAUGCUGAAAGAAGAAGAAGAAAAAAAAACAGUCAUUAGUAAAAUAUAGUAAUUAAAUAAUUUUUGGGAUGU